AUGUUUUUGGUGGGCUUAACAGGUGGUAUUGCCACUGGAAAAUCGACGGUUUCAGAUUUACUAAAACGCAAAGGCGUUCCAGUGAUUGACGCUGAUGUAAUAGCUAGAGAUCUUGUUGAUAAUGAUAGACAAGUACAAAGAGCAAUGCUCAAAGCCUUUGGUCCUUCCGUUUUCAGUGAUGAUGGAACAAAAGUGGAAAGGGAUAAACUUGGUUUAAUGGUUUUUUCGGAUCCUGAUAAACGAAAGGUGCUUAAUGGAAUCGUUCAUCCAGUUGUAUUCCGACGAAUCGCCUAUCAAAUUUUUCAAAAUUUCUUUGAAGGGCAGCCCUUUGUCGUCUUGGAUAUUCCCCUUCUCUUUGAAACGGGUACCUUGUUAUGGUUUGUUUCGGAAAUCAUCGUUGUAAAUUGUUCCCAGGAGGUUCAACUUUCUCGUUUACUAAAACGCAACCCCGAGUUAACAUAUGAAGCGGCUGUAUCUCGAAUUGAAGCCCAGUUACCCCUAGCUACGAAAGUUGCACGCGCUACAAUCGUUAUUGACAACGAGAAGGACGACGGUUACGCAUCUUUGAACGAGCAAGUGGAGACUUGCUUGCUUAAAUUUAGAAAGAAGGCUCAGAAGCGCUUCAAAUGUGGUAUUGUAACAUGUGCCUGCUUUGCUGCCGUUUUCGUCACCUUGAUUAUCUAUAUUUUCUUCUAA